ACGAUGGACGUAUCGUUACCUACUUACUCGGAUUAUCUGGCUCUGCGUUAGCUGUAACUGAAAAACGCUGCUCGCUCCUCGUUCCGGGUGAUCAUCAAACACGUUUGGACUAGACCGACCGACCGCCCAGAAGGCAGCAUUUCAACGCAAGAGGCGGACCUCCGUAUUCCUUUCAUUUUCUCCCUGCGAGUUCAUCUAUGGCUAAACUAUGUUUUGAUAAGCUGUUGUGAUAAUCCAUCAACCGACGGUCCUGCCUCCUCUGGGGGGUUUUUUUUUAAACAACAUUGUUCGUUUCAACCCAAUAUUGUGUUUUCCUCUCCCCCCCUGCGAUAGGCGAGAGAGGACGAGCUAGCGAGCAGGGAGCGAGAACGCGCUCGUGAGGGCAGACGGCAGAAGAAGACGCCGUGUAUUUUGAUAGGAUCGCAUUCCUGCCGAUGACCGAAUCCGUGCAUUCUCUGGAUGUUUUUUUGAACCCUAACAACUUGGUCUCUUGUAUGGGGCACGGUCGCUUCUGACUACGCAUCGUGGAGUUCGCGGUGUGUGCUAUAACAUUGCCUGCAAAAAAAGAGGAAGAAAGCGAAGACGAUAGUUCUGCGACUACUUGGAUAUCUGCGUGCAUUUAAUACAAAUUCUCUUGCCGGAAAACAUAUCCUCUAGGAUACAGACCCAGAUGGUGUUCUUGAUUUGAAUUUGCUGAUAGAAUUGCGGCAUUGUUCCGUCAUUACAUGCCACCAGGAACCGGAUUGAACGCAGCGGCAGAGAGAGGAUGCCCGAUGUUUGUUUUAGCCGUCCGUGGAAUCAUUUUAAAUGACAGAAUUUGCACCUAACAGUAGCGAGUAGCGGGAAUAAACUUUAUGCAGUUUCGGCGAUAGACGCGUGCCAUUUUUUUUUGCGUGUUAUCGGUGUACCCCGCGUCAGUCUGCGCUGUAAACAAAACUAAUGAUAUACGCGUCGCUGAUGUCGAUUACUCUGCGUGAAAUUGUUUUUUAUUAAUACUUGCAACCUCGAAUAUCACAUUGGCUAGACUGCGUUUCGGGGUGCUGCUUGGUCACAGCGUGGAAUGAGUAGUAGGGCUAUCUAACCUACAGAGCAGCCGGUUUAGUGUAGCCUACGUGAGUGUAACACCGUAGAGCUGACAUUGUCAAUAUAUAUAUACAUUUUUUACUGUUGUUGUAAAACAGUCUUGGUGUUUUAAAUGCACUGUUUUGAAAAGGCAAUGCAAUUGUGUACUACACAUAAUUUCAUUAGAUCACUCAGGCGGGGCAAUACGUUGCAUCUGCAUGGCAAGUAUUAUCAUUAACCAUGUCACAUUUACCUAUUGUAGGUUGUCAACUUUAGCCUAAGCCUACAGUUUCAGUUGAUUGCAGAAUACAUAGUGCCGUCCCUUUUUCCUUUUCUCAUCAAGUGUCUUGAGGGAGGAGGGAGUAGGCUAUUUCAAGGUUUAGGCAAAUUAACUUUUCAUACAAGCAACAAGCAAACCGGGAAUAAGAACACAACAGCGGGAGCUAAAAGUAGGCUACACACCCUUUGCUGUAAUUUGUCAGUACGGUAAUUUUGAGAUCAAGUGAAAAUGUUUUUUAGAAAGUUGCCCGGCGUGUCAGCAUCUGGAAUGGGUCUUCGCCUGUCUCAGAAAUUCGUGUUCUUACUCUUCUUAUCUGGUUUGGUAACUCUCUGCUUUGGGGCCCUGUUCUUUUUGCCCGACUCUGUUCGCUUGAAACGGAUUUUCUUGUCAAAAACGGACAACCCGCCGGUAACCGUGGGUUCGGAGAAUGGGGUGAGGGACCACACGAAAAAAACGAUCAGGGACCCGGAGCACCUUCGGGGUAUAACCCCGGGAAAGGGGGAAACGAGUACAAAACUCAAAAGCUUGAGCCGCAAGCCCUCCGACGCCUACGAGGCGAGAACUGCGGAGAAAACCGCCGAAAGUAGAGUGCCGGAGGUACUGAAUCAGGCGCGAGGGAUAAACGAAGCGGGCAGGGCUCGCGACGCCGCCACCGCACCCGAAAAGCAGACGGCUUCCUCCGGGCGCGUCGAGCACAGUCCUGCCUUUGAUUACGAGAAGUUUAAAAAAUGUCUGCUGAAACCGCCGCUGGGAACGGAACAAGGCAAGCCGAGCGACCCACCGACUCUGCAGCGCCGGGAUAAAGUCAAAGAGAUGAUGAAGUUCGCCUGGGACAACUACAAGCGCUACGCCUGGGGGAAGAACGAGCUGCGGCCGCUGACCAGGAACGGGCACAUCGGCAACAUGUUCGGUGGGCUGAGGGGAGCGUCCAUCGUAGACUCCCUGGACACUCUGUACAUCAUGGGGCUGAUGGAGGAGUACAACGACGCCAAAGAGUGGGUGGAGAACAGCCUGGACCUCAACACGAAUGGGGAAGCGUCUCUUUUCGAAGUGAACAUCCGUUACGUUGGCGGGCUUCUGUCAGCGUACUACCUGACAGGAGAGGAGGUGUUUAAGAGGAAGGUGCUGGAGCUCGGGGAGAAGCUGCUACCUGCCUUUAACACCCCCACCGGGAUCCCCCGCGGCGUGAUCAACCUGGGCAGCUCUGGCACCAGCUGGAGCUGGGGGUGGGCCUCGGCGGGGAGCAGCAUCCUGGCCGAAUUCGGGACCCUGCACCUGGAGUUCGUCCACCUGACGGAACUCUCCGGAAAUCCGGUCUACACCGAGAAGGUGAUGAACAUCCGCAAGCUGCUCAAUAAAAUCGAAAAGCCUCACGGACUGUACCCCAACUUCCUCAGCCCCGUCAGCGGGAACUGGGUCCAGCAUCAUGUAUCUAUCGGGGGCCUGGGAGACAGCUUCUAUGAGUAUCUGAUCAAGUCCUAUCUGAUGUCCGACAAGACGGACGAGGAGGCCAAGAGGAUGUACUACUCCGCUCUGCAGGCCAUCGAGGCCAACCUGGUGCAGAAGUCUCCCGGAGGUCUCACCUACAUGGCGGAGUGGCGGGGCGGGCUCCUCGACCACAAGAUGGGGCACCUGGCCUGCUUCUCGGGGGGCAUGGUGGGGAUCGGGGCGGACGACGGCGCGCCCGAAAAGAGGCAGCACUACCUGGACCUGGCGGCCGAAAUCACCCACACCUGCCAUGAGUCCUACAGUCGCUCAGCCACAAAGCUGGGGCCUGAGGCGUUUCGGUUCGACAGUGGCGCGGAAGCCACGGCGACCAGGUUGAGUGACAGGUACUACAUCCUGCGGCCGGAGGUGAUCGAGAGCUACAUGUACAUGUGGCGGCUGACCCACGACCCCAAGUACCGGCAGUGGGGCUGGGAGGCGGUGGAGGCCCUGGAGCGCCACUGCCGCGUGGAGGCGGGCUUCUCCGGCAUCAGGGACGUGUACGCCGCCUCGGCGAGCCACGACAACAUGCAGCAGAGCUUCUUCCUGUCCGAGACGCUCAAGUAUCUGUACCUGUUGUUUUCGGAUGACGAGCUGCUGUCGCUGGAGGACUGGGUGUUUAAUACGGAAGCUCACCCUCUGCCCGUCAUUCGCCGGGGCUGCUUACAGGAGCAGGAGGAGACCCCACCCCAAUAGCACCGCCUGACCACACACACGCGCACACACACACACACACGCACACACAGACACGCGCACACACACACACGCGCACACACACACACACGCGCACACACAGACACGCGCACACACAGACACGCGCAGACACACACACACGCGCACACACAGACACGCGCAGACACACACACACACUCUCACACAUACACACACACACAUACACACGCACACACGCACACAUACACACGCACACACACACACACACACACACACUCACACAUAUGCGCACACACACACAUACACACAUAAACACUGACACGUGCAGACACACACAUGCACACAGACACGCACACACACACGCGCAGACACACACGCACACACACACACACACACAGACACGUAUGCAAGCGCACACACACACAUACAGACACAUAAGCACACAGACACACACACACACACACAGACACAUAAGCACACACACAUACACAGACACACACACAUAAGCACAGACGCACACACACACACAGACACAUAAGCACACACACUUACACACAGACACGUACGCACACAGACACACACGCACACACACGCACACACACACACAGACACAUAAGCACACACACUUACACACACACACACACACACACACACACACACACACACACACACGCGCACACACACACACACACACACACACACACACACACACACCAUGGGCCAAUGCCGCUGAGGCACUCCUGACUCUCAGCUCAGUUCCGGUGGCGGGCCCCGUGGCAUUGCUGUGAUUGUAUGUUCCGGAGCAGGGACGUAUCGCUGUUGCCUCGGAAACACGCGAACACGCCCGAGCAUCUUUUUUUUUUUUCUGUGGACAAUCAGACAAGUAUGACUUUCAAAAAAAAAAAAAAAAAAAAAACAAAUGAGAGAGAGAGAGAGAGAGAAAAAACCAACAACAACAAAAAGCACCUUUUUUUCUUUCCUUCUUUCCUCUGUGAGGAAAAAAAAAAAUGAAAUUUAAAAAAGCAGCCGCCAGUCCUGGCUGGGUUUGCUGAAUUUUUGGGCCAUAUUUUGCGAGAGAGAGAGAAAAACCACUGCGCUUUGUUUUGAGGCUGACUGCAGUACACACGCUGUUAUUUCCACUUUAUUUUCACUUCUUAAUUUUUCAGGCUUGAUAUUUUCCUAGUGCUGACCCCUUGACCAAAGGCUUUUAAUUGCUGUUUUAAUUGUCCCUGUAAUCCCUUAGCAACUUAUUAUACUUCUCUUAUCACUUGUUUUAUUAUUUUUGUUUUUUUGUUUUGUUUUAAUGGGGUAUGCUCUUUCAGAGUGUUGGGUGGCAGGUUUACUUCGAGAGAGUAAAUUAUGAACGUAUGAUUAAAUGUAUAGAUACUGUAUAAAAGUAUAUAUAAAUAUAUAACUUCUAAUGCUCAAGAUCAUUUUUUUUUAAACAAGGUUUAUACUGUGUCUCCUUGGGAACAGGACGACUGAAUGAUUUUUAUUUUUUUUUUAAGGAGAGGUGGAAGAAAAGGAAAGGGGUGUAGUUUGUGCGUUUAUUUUCACGCGCAGUUGGGCUUUCUUCCUUCCGCCUGAGUAACUACGCCCGCUGUGUGGCACGAGCGCGCGCAGCAGGAAAUUCUUUAAAAGCCGCAUUUUACCAGCUGAUUGUCACGUGCUGGAAGACCGUUACCCCGAGUGCCCUGGACCGGCGAGUUCCGAAAAAAAAUAAAACCAGGGACUUCCCGUUUUUUUACUUUCGGAAAGACCCUGGUAAAGACCGCGAUGUUAAGAUGUCAACCCGUCGUCAAUGCAGUCGACGGUUCUUUUGAAAACCUCCGUGGUGAAUGUGAACAGAGCAUAUUUUAUAUUUUGUCUUUUUUAUUUUAAAUACUGCAUCUGUGAGUUAUGGAAAUAAGAUGGAAGGUGUUUGUACAUACGUGGAAGGAUGCGACCUCUCCCUGUUACGAACUUUUCCCUGAACUUUUUUUAAUCAAUUCAUUUUUGUUUUGUUUUAUUUUUCACUUCUUGUAAUUCUCUCCUUAAUUUGAUUUGUUUUCUUAUAUUUUUUCAGUUUCUUUCCGUUUUAAUUUCAAUUUUUUAAUUUUUAAUUUUUUUGCUUCCCUCAGGUGUUUAUGUAAAAAAAAGAAAAAUGUUACAUUUUGGAAUUUGAAUUAUAGUUAUGGUAACUAUUAAUUAUUGUUAUUAAUUAUGCUUAUUGUUCAUUUUGACCAAUCUUUAAUUGUUGAAUAUUUUCAAAUACUGGUAAAGACCUGUGCAAAUUUGUACAUUUCAAAACAA